GAGCCUCCUUUAUAAAGUUGCUGUGCUACUGCAUAGAGCCAAUGCACAGAGGCAACGAUAUCAGCUUUAAGCCCAGUCUAGCCGAGAACGUACAGUUGAUCUCCAGAAUAAGACAAUAGCUUGCAGUGACGUGAGCUGCUUGGAGUUUAAGUCCCUCUGCAGAUGCUACAAAUAUUCAAGACAAAGUGAAGGGAGAUCAACCAGCUGAGCAGAAAAUGAGAGCUGCAGCAGCUCAGGAACUUGAUGAGCUAUGCUUCCUGUCAGCACAGUCCAUGCCCAGUCUGAAAGUAUCCGAACACUUUCGGAUGGUCAAGCUCCUGGGAGAGGGAUCCUAUGGAAAGGUCAUGUUGGCUCUACACAGGAAGAGAGGAACUCCUAUGGCUCUGAAGUUCUUCCCUCGUCAGUCUACCUCGCUCACCUCCUUCCUGCGUGAAUAUAAUCUGUCCCUUUCUUACUGCACCCAUCCUUCUCUGACUCGGGCUCUUGGCAUCUUCUUUUCCACACCAUCCUAUUAUGUGUUUGCCCAGCAAGCUGGUCUGUAUGGUGACCUCUACAGUGUAAUAGUGUCAGAGGCUGGGGUGGAUGAAGAGUGUGUCCAGAGGGUAAUGGCUCAGCUGAGUGGUGCAGUGACGCACCUCCACUCCCUGGGCUUUGUCCACCGAGACAUCAAACCUGAGAAUAUUUUCCUGUGUGACAGUUCAUGUCGCUGGGUCAAACUAGGUGACUUUGGCCUUACCCGAGCCAUCGGUUCCACAGUUCGAGGGGUCUGGUACGAGUCACCCUUCUGCACUCCUGAGGUGGAAUCUGUAAAGGAGGCUGAGAAGGAGAUGGAGAGGAGGCAUUGUGAUGGGACUGAAGAAGAGGUGGAGGACACAUGGAUCACAGUGGAGCCCUGUAUUGACAGCUGGGCCCUUGGCAUACUCAUCUAUUGCCUGCUGACCGGCUGCUUCCCCUGGGCGGAGAGCACCCUUGAUGACAGUGGCUACAGUAGAUAUAAGGAAUGGUUUGACAUUGAGGCAGAGGAGAAGGAGAAGAUCAGAGAUAAUGAGUGGAGGAGUGAGGAAGAUAGUAACAUUUACACAAUCAUGAAUAAAAAACAAAGAGACAACCCUCUUCCUUCACAGUUUCAGGGCCUCAGCCCACUACUAAUGACUCUUUUCAAGGAGCUGCUCCACCCUGAGCCCAAACACAGAGGAAGCCCAGAGGAGAUCUUGAGCUACCUGGGAGGGCCAUGGCUGAUGGAGACACAGAGAGAGGAAAAUAGGAAAGCAGAGGAGGCAGAGAAGGAGACCAGAAAAAUAAGAGAAGGAGCAGGGUUGGAAGAAGAGCUGGUGAGAGAGGGAAGAGGGGAGAGAUAAGCUUAGCCAUUUUAAUAAAUUUAGCAUUUAUAACCACAUGAACAACACCGCUGCAA